AUGUCUGGAGGACAGAAUAAAUUUACAACGCGUGAAAUAAUCGAUCUUUGGGAUCGAAAUUAUGGCAUUCCUGUCGAUGGGGAGGGUUCAAACAUUUCGCCUGAACACUCUGAGCCAGAUAUUGAUGCUGAACAAGCCGAUUUCGAUAGUGAAUUGAGUGAAAUAGGCGAACAUACUGAGGUUCUUGACAACCUUCAUACUUUGGAGAUUGUUGACGAAGAGGGAAUUGCUUCAACAAUCAUUUAUUUUAUAAAAGGUCACCAGACUGGUUUAGUCUUUACUACUUCUGGUGACCUGUGCCAUAAUAUUUAUAUGUUUAAAAAAAUGGUGUAA